AUGGGUAAUCAGUAUGUAAAGCCGGAAAGGCAGGGUAACUCACCCUAUACUCGAUCUGGCAUACCGCCCCCUGCAACAGUGAAGAAAUCUGGAUCGGACAAGCCGAGCCAUCGCCUUAACGAUCCUAUGUCUUUGGAAUUGCACAUGGCGGACGAGCGUGUUAGGGCCGCUGGGCUUAGUCCAGCAGAAAGAGAGUGGCGAAUGAAGUGGCUUAAGGACCAGCAUCUUCACCCUGACGAGCCGAUUGUAGUUGAUGCUGUUCACCGUCAGCUGAAUCCCAUUCGCAUACUGUACAGGUGGCCAUGGGACAAAUUGUAUCUUCAUUUUCUAAAGCCAACUUUCGGCGUGUACUAUGGGACUGCUAUUCGUGUUCUUGUACCUAAAAUAUUUAUGAUGUUCCUUGCUCUAGAGACAGGCUAUUACUAUUGGAAAUAUGAGGUUAAGACCAUGCCGUUAAGGGAAAUUAUCGUUAAUAAAGACGAAAUUGACAAAGCUUAUCCUGGAUUGAGGGAAAAAGCACUGGUCGACCCCGCAAGGCAUCGUUAUCUGAGUCCGACCUUUGAUAAGAGGACAUCUUAUUUGGAUGUGGGAACAACACAGCGGCCAUGGUGA